AUGCACUACACUGCGCUUGAUACAAAAAAGCAUCAGAUCAGGCUACUUCACCUUGCACCGUCCCCGGAUCGACGAAGGGCAAUCACCUGUCAUUUCCGCACCAUCUCACUCAGCCAUGAUACUCAGCAGUCCCGCUACGAGGCGCUCUCAUAUGCUUGGGGUGAUCCCAUCUUCAAUCGCUCCAUCAAACUGGGCGGUUCGCACUUCGCAGUCACGGCGAAUCUCAGAGUCAUCUUGAGGGCGCUGCGACUCACGCAUCAAGAACGCGUCUUGUGGAUUGACGCCGUCUGUAUCGACCAGCACAAUAUCCAGGAACGGUCUCAUCAGGUCUCGCGCAUGAACGAUAUCUACUCGCACGCCGCCAACGUCGUCAUAUGGCUUGGUGAGCCUCUGUCAGACGCGGCGCUUGCUUUUAACUUUCUUCAAGAGUUUGGGCGACAGCGCAAUGAGCUACCCAUGUCGACCGAUGAAGAUCGUAACACGGAACAGACAGCAAUGGCAGUGCGAUCGCUGCUGAUGAGAUCAUGGUGGACACGUAUCUGGACAGCCCAAGAAUGGAUCCUCGCUGGAAGUACGACGUUUCAGAGCGGACAGUACACACUCGGAGGAGAUGUGCUCAUCCGAUGCCUAGAACACUACCGCUAUCAUGCGAAGAGUACCGACUGUUGCGGCAUGCACCUAACAUCAGACAUCUUGUUCAGACUGGGCGACUCGCUCCAGCCAUUGUUCGCCCUGGACGCGGUCAGGCAGUCCUACUCCCACCAGGACUUCUCGAGCAGCCUGGGUUACCUCCGCAUGCGGCAGGCAGCGGAUCCGCGCGACAAAGUCUACGGCGUUCUGGCUCUCGCGGCAUCUCAAUAUGCCGGUCUCUUGAGAGCUGACUACAGCGCAGCCGUUGAGCAAGUCUACGAGCAACUUGCGAUAGCACUGAUCGAUCGGACCAAGCGGCUCGACAUCUUCAGCCACAUUGUCCCGAACCAGCCACAGCGUCUCAGCGUUGCUUCGUGGGCGCCGGACUGGACCGUGGACAUGGGCAAAGAGUACAGUAGCGACUGGACCGAGAGAUUCAGGAUGAUUGAAAAGUACGACGCGUGCGGGACGUGCGACGUUGCCGAAUACCGAGCUGUGUCGAGCGUUCUGCACAUCAAAGGGCUUGUAGUCGAUACCAUCGCGGCACUCGGCAUCAGGCGCUUAGGGUCGUACAAGAAAACCCGCGCAUAUCGAAACCAGCUGCUGGACGAGAUGUUCAAGAUGGCAGAGCCAAUCGACACAGGAUACUACCACAGAUAUCACGGUCAACGACAGACUAAAAAGGAGGCGUUUUGGCUCACCGUGUGCGGCGGCUACGAAGACAUGACGCAAGAGCGAACCCAAGUCAUCAGCGAGCCGCACAUGGAUGAUUUCGAAAUGUUCGAGAAAUGGGAGGCCUGGUUCAGGGGACCGCGGAUAUCCUACCAAACCCACGAUCAUCGGCUGCGCAGUGUCACGGAUAGCAUUGCGGCUGUGAGCAAGGGCCGGACGUUCUGCCGCACUGCUGCGCAGGGCCUCCUGGGAUGGGUGCCGAAGAACAGCGUCACAGGCGAUGUCGUAGCUGUCCUGACAGGGGGAACAAUGCCCAUUGUACUCAGGCCGCAUGACGGCUAUUGCACCGUGGUUGGCGACGCUUACGUCCAUGGGAUCAUGGAUGGCGAAGCAUUGCACUCGUCCAGCUCACUGAGUCAUCUCGAGUUACACUAG